AGGCGCGCCUCGCCGCGUCGUCGUCGCGCUCGAACGACGCCCCCCACCGCGCGGAGACGCGUAUCUCCUCGCUCGCGCCGCGCCGCGCGAACUCGAGCGAGCGACCCCCGCCCGGCGCCGACGGUCGACGGGCGCGGCGCGGACGGACGUCACCUCGGAAUUUGAUUUGAUUUGGACAGAUUAAUUAAUUACGUCACGGGAUGACGUCGCCUCCCUCGGACGCGGUGUCGCACUUCGGCCUCGCGUCCGCGCGCGACCUCGUCUGGGCGCACGCGGUCAACUCCAUCGCGCUCCUCGAGGCUGCGCUCGCGGACGACAGCGGCGUGCACAUGCUCGAGGUCGACCUCAUGCUCAGCAGGGAAGGCGUCGAGGCGCAUCGCGACGGCCGCGUCGUGCGCGCGUCCGACGUGCUCCUCGCGCACCCGCUCCCCACGCACGCGACGGAGCCGGACUUAUCCAGGGCGAGCGACCUCGACUUCGAGACGUUCGUUCGCGCGAUCGUGGCGCACGUUCGCGCGGAAGGCGCGCGACGGAUCGGCGUCAAGCUCGACUUCAAAGAGCUCUCGUGCGUCGAGCCGUGCGUCGCGCGACUGAAAGACGCGGGCGUCGGCGCGCCCGAGCGUCGCGGGUUCUUGGGCACCGGGAUCGGCUCGCCGAAGCGCGCCGCCGCGCUCGCGGCGACGCCGCUGUGGCUCAACGCGGACGUCGUGCGAGGACCGGGCGGGAGGGACCCGAUCGACGGCGAGCGCUUCGUGGAUUUGUGCGCGGCGGCGUGUCCGACGGCGACGCUGUCGCUCGGGUGCGUCCUGUCAUCUCACUGGUCCCCAUACGACCGCGUUCGCGUGGUGAACGCCGUUCCUUAA